AUGUCCCUUCUCAAUCGGCGUUUCGGCAGGCAAACCACUACAGCAACCACUCCGGCACACAUUCAUUCAACUUGCAUAGUCACCGGUUCCUCGUCAGGUCUAGGCCGCGCCAUUGCCCUCCUCUUCGCCCGCGAAGGUGCCCGGCUAGUCGCCUGUGCCGAUCUCUCAGCCAAUGCGAAAUCUACAUUCCAGGCUGAAGAAGCGGGAACACCCACACAUGAAUUGAUAUGCCAGCGCUACGGUGAGCGCAAGAGCUUUUUCAAGCGCUGCGAUGUCACGCAUGCGCGUGAUGUGGAAACAUUGGUGCAAGAGACUGUCAAGAGAAGUGCAUUUGGAGAACAAGAACCCAAUGACUACAAUUCUGUGGGCUACGAUUCAAUGCGACUUGACGUCAUAGUGAACAAUGCAGGCAUCGGCGGAACCGAAGGACACGGUCAGGUCCACGAGAUGACAGAAGAGACAUGGGAUACUACAAUGGCCGCAAAUUCCAAGGGUGCCUUCCUGGGCUGCAAAUAUGCUAUCCAACAAUUUCUUCGGCAGGCACCCAACCCUGCUAUUGCUGGCUCAAGGGGCACAAAAGGUUGGAUCAUUAAUACAUCCUCAAUCAUGGGACUUGUGGGGCAGAAGGUCAAUGGCGCCGCUUAUUGCGCGAGCAAAGGCGCCGUGAUGCUGCUUACGAAGAGUACGGCUGUCGCAUACGCGAAAGACAAGAUUGUCUGUAACGCCCUGUGCCCGGGACAUUUGAAGACGCCAAUGACAGAGGGACAGUAUAAGGAUGAGGAGAUGAGAAGGCAGAUUAGUAGUCUCUAUCCGGACCCAGAGGAUUGGGGUACGGCUGAGGACGUAGCAAGAGUAGCUGUCUUCCUGGCCAGUGAGGAUGCUGGGUUUGUUACAGGAGUGGGACUCCCUGUUGAUGGGGGUUAUUGUGCCCAGUGA